UGGUUGCCCUUCCAGACACAGAAACAGAGGACGAGCCAGAAGGAGAAACAUAUCCCAACAAACUCAUUCUCCCUCUCUCCAAGACCUAUAUCCAUGCCUGACCAUCAUUCUCCUCUCGCUUUCGCAUAUGGCUUAUCUUCUCGCUUUGGACAGCAGUUCUCUGCCACCUGCCGAUCUUUGUGCUCCUCCUCUGCUACAAUGAUUCAAUGAACCCAUUCUCUUUGCCGGAUCGCCAUGCGUUGGUUACCUUCCCUGUCCUUUUCCCAUUCUAAUGGUAUCAAAUCCUCCUCUGCCUCUUCUUCGCUUUCCACCUCCGACGGUGACCACCCUAAGAAGUCCACCGAUUCCACUCGCGGUUCUGGUGGCGUCUGGCCUUUCGGUACUGGCAAAAAGACUGGCCGCUUCAAGAAGCUUCGACAUAUUGCCGACAGCGAUGGCAAAUCCCCUCCCAGGUGGCAUGAUUCCGAUGAUGACGCCCUUGUGCCUUUGGCUCAUUCCCCGACGCCCUUCGAUCGCCAAUUCAAUUGUUCCAAUACAUCCUCUUGCGUUUCCCCCUCCAUCUCGCCUCAACCCUUGCCCUUGCCGGACUCCGCGCUUUCUCGCCAGAGAGACGCUGAUUACCCUUUACCUUCCCCGAAAGACGUGCCAGGGCCCAGCAGCGCUGCCAAAGGGGUCGUGGAGCACGAUCAAGUUGCAGGCGUGAUGGUCGGUGUCUCCUCUGUUUUUCGAAUUCGGAGUGUGUUUGCUAGCUCAGGCUCAAGAAAGAAUAAGGCACUUGCGGAAACAGUAUCCUCGGGGAUGAUGCGUCGGGAUCUAAGUGUUGGUGAAAGUAAUCAAGAUAGUUUCUGCAUCAGCGUCCCAACUAGGAGUGCUCCAGCUAGUCCUCUGAUCAGUCCCUUGGUGAGCCCGAACAAUGGGAGAUAUAGUGAUUUCGUUCAAUAUCAUUAUGUGUGUCCCCCACCAAAUCAAUAUUGGUCGGCACCGGAGAUGGUUACAUCCGAUGCAUCAUCAGGAACGACGCCUCCUGCAUUAUUUGAUUUACCUGCAUUAUCCACUGAUACUUCUCCUCAUCACAGUCCACGGGGCAGAAGUCCUAAUCAAAAUCUUAAAUGCCGUAGUGGAGCUUCCUCACCCGUGCGUCCCAGGUUAUCCCUCGAGACCUCAGUAGCGCGUCGUGACUUCAAUGCCCCUGCUCUCAAUGUUCACCCCUUACCAUUGCCUCCUGGGGCGCCCUUGCUUUCCCCCUCCCCUAAAUUAUCCCCGACUGUGCCCAAGUUAGAGUCCUCCUCAAUGAAAAGCCAAUGGCAGAAAGGGAAACUAAUUGGGCGUGGUACAUUUGGAAGUGUUUAUGUCGCCACCAAUAGAGAAACUGGAGCAUUAUGUGCUAUGAAGGAAGUAGAAAUAUUUCCCGAUGACCCCAAAUCUGCUGAGUGUAUAAAACAGUUGGAGCAGGAAAUCAAACUUCUUAGCCAGCUGAAACAUACAAACAUUGUGCAAUAUUAUGGCAGUGAAAUCGUUGAAGACCGGUUUUAUAUUUAUCUGGAAUAUGUCCAUCCUGGAUCAAUUAAUAAAUAUGUCCGUGAACAUUGUGGUGCCAUAACAGAAUCUGUUGUACGUAACUUUACUCGUCAUAUUCUUUCCGGGCUGGCUUACUUGCAUGGCAAAAAAACAAUUCAUAGGGACAUCAAAGGGGCUAACCUGCUUGUCGAUUCUGCUGGGGUUGUUAAGCUUGCUGACUUUGGGAUGGCCAAGCACCUCGCUGGACAUGCAGCUGAUCUUUCUUUGAAGGGAAGCCCAUACUGGAUGGCUCCUGAGCUUAUGCAGGCAGUGAUGCAAAAAGACAACAGCUCUGAUCUAGCUUUAGCUGUUGACAUUUGGAGCUUGGGUUGUACAAUCAUAGAGAUGCUCACGGGGAAGCCUCCAUGGAGUGAAUAUGAAGGAGCUGCGGCUAUGUUUAAGGUUAUGAGGGAAGCUCCUCCUAUACCGGAGACAUUGUCAUUGGAAGGUAAGGACUUCCUAAGGUGCUGCUUUAAGAGAAAUCCAGCAGAGCGGUCAACUGCUUCAGCUUUACUUGAACAUCGGUUCUUGAAAAAUGCACAACAGCCAGAUGUUACAUAUUCCAUGCAGUCUCACAAUGGAAUAAACUUGAUGGACAAACCCCAUAGUCCCAGAGGGCAAUCUGAAUAUUUAUCUGAUCAGUUGCUUGCUACCGGCUUGCAAAUUGCAAAAGGGAAAGCCAGCGAGAGAUGACUAGAUGGACAGAAGCCUCAGUGUAACUUUUGACUUAACAUUGGUGUCAGAGUGAUUCCUUCCUUGCAAAACCCCUGAGCACUUUGUAUUUUUGCCUACAUACUCAGGCUGCAAGACACAACCGAAACCCUUCCAUGAUUGUCUUUGGCUACAUCGAAAUAGUAAUAGUAAGAAUGGUAUUCCUAAAUAACUACACUUAGGGAAGUUAUCAAUCACUAUUCCAGAGACUUGGACCCGUCAAUGUAUCAUAGUUUACCUGGACACUCUUGUUGGUGAGUUGCAGCUAUUGCCUAGUAAGCUUAUUUCCCCCAGUUUCUCAUUGAUGCCCUUUUGCCUCAAUGAAAGUACGAGGGCUUCUUCAGUCUGGAAGUUAUACUGCGCGAGAAUAGAAGCAGUUUUUGUGCAAUAUUACAUAGAGCUCUUCAGCAGUAACAGAAGUUCUGGAAGUUUUGUGCAAUAUUAUAAAGCAUACAUGUUUCUCCUGACAGUAGAAUGGAGUCCAAAUGGAGCAUGUACGCAUUAGUAAACAUCCUGCUCGCCCUCUCGCUUUCAUAGGGAUUUUGAUGUGGCAGCUUUAUUGGCACUGUCACUUGCCAGUGCUAGUUUAAUAGAUUGGCGUUGUACAUUGUAAUAAGGUCUAUUUCAAUAUCUUUAGUUUUGGAAGCUGGUGUUUUCUCUGGUUACUGUCAGGAUACCCUGCAUAAAAUUUUAGCGCACUCUAAUCCAACAUCAUGGAUGAAUAAAUUGUUGAUUCUUUUCA